AUGGCUCGUACCAAGCAAACCGCUCGGAAGUCAACUGGUGGCAAGGCCCCGCGCAAGCAACUGGCAACUAAAGCGGCUCGUAAGAGUGCGCCAGCCACGGGAGGAGUUAAGAAGCCCCAUCGGUUCCGGCCGGGAACGGUGGCCCUGCGGGAGAUUCGCCGCUACCAGAAGUCUACGGAUCUGCUGCUGCGCAAGGCGCCCUUUCAGCGUCUGGUGCGUGAGGUGGCCCAGGACUUCAAGACGGAUCUUCGCUUCCAGAGCUCGUCGGUGAUGGCACUGCAGGAGGCUUGCGAGGCGUACCUGGUCGGGCUGUUCGAGGACACUAAUCUGUGCGCGAUUCAUGCCAAGCGAGUCACGAUCAUGCCGAAAGACAUCCAGCUGGCUCGGCGCGUUCGUGGAGAACGUGAUUGAGCUGUGUACAUGCCGUUGAACAAACA